GAGUUGAUCAGAUUUAAGGAGCACUGAAUGUGAACACAACCAAUGUUGCACAAACAUCCAAAUGAAGGAUCACAUAUCUACAAUGAUGGAAUCAAAUAUAAUAAUCAAGUGGUAAUCUGUAACGAUUCCACCUUAUCUGGAAUGAUUGAUCCAGUACGCAUUCGAUUAAUAUUGAAAGUAGAAAUCAGUUGAAAAUAUUCAUUUCAGAAUGUAGGUGUUUCUAACCAAUAUCCUUCAAGUCUUUCUAUCAAUGUUCAUGACUGCAUUAGUGUUGGCGAUAAGUAAAUUCACUAAAUAUCUUGAUCAAUAUUACUGGAUUGCUAUUAUUUUAAGUUUCAUUUCGAUUGGUGCAACCAUUGCAAUUUUCUUUAUUCAGAGAUUUCCACAUUUGAAAUACCUCACGGAUUUCCUUUACGUACUAUUCACCUUCAACUUCGCGGGUGUGAUAACCUGUCUUUCAAUCAACGUGGAAGGAAUGUUCAUAUUUAUCAGUUGGAUUUUGGCCAUCAUUUUAUCAGUGUUAUUGUUUAUAGUUGGGAUAAACAUUAAACGUGAUUUGGUCAGUUAUUUUAGCUCGUUUAUGUUUUAUGUCAUUAUCGUCAUUCUUAUCAUUAUUGUACUGGUGAUCCCAUGGAUUUAUCAAGUUACUGCGGUGACAUGGGCAAUUGGUCCCCUUGUUCUAGCCAUCGUAAUUCCGGCUAGUUUAAUUGAAGCUCAAAUAUUUUGUGGAGGAAGAGCAAUCUACUACAGAUCUGAAGAUUUCAUAUUUGCAUCAAUGGUUCAUUUGUUCUUACUCACUUUCUCAUAUUCUGGAUUUAUUUUAAUGUUUCUCAACAUUAAAUUAUCUUAGAUAUUGAUAGUUUGUGUGAUGUCUCAAUGUGAUAUUUCCUCUUGUAAUUGUGUACUUUUGAUGAUGCAGUAGAACAAGAAAGAAUGAUGAAUAUGAGAAUUUCUGUGUUUGUUCACUUGUGUUCAUUUCUAUUUAUUGUGUACGUGAUUAGGCAGAAUCG